GUGUUAUCUUGAUAGCAAUCCUUGGCGUGAGACAUAAAAUGGGGGUCAAUGAUAAAGGCUUGUCAUUGCUUUGGGGGUGUCAAAAUUGAUAACCGUUGCAAAAUUUUGCCAUUGCAUGCCUGCGUUCUGGCGCCACCGGUUGGUGUGGUCGUGUAAGCUUUCUUCUGAUUCUUCUUGUUCAAGCAAGAGCAUUGCCAAAACCUCUUUCUUGCGAAAGCUGCUUGCCAAGCAUACAGCGUUCUCUUCUAUCUGACUAAGGCUGCUUGGAGUGAGUCGAGUCGAUACUCCACUCGUUGAGCGAUCCUUGACCGCCAGAUCAUUUAUUUCAGUCCGUGGGGUUGGUGGUAUUACCUUCACACGAUUGCUGCCUGACCAAGUCUAGCUUCAACAGCAAAACCAAACAAGAAAAACCCGAGCGAAUUGAAAUCCUACUUGGGCCAAGACUAUUAUUAUUACAGUCUUCGAAGUGGUGCUAUUCAGGCAAACGGAGUAAAACCAGGAGCAACAACUGUGUUCCAAACUAACUAACUGGUGGUACCUCUUGGCAAUCAGCUCAGGAAGGCUUGGCGUUUUGUCAUUUGUGGCUUACUCAGGAAAAAAGGAAGAGGAAAGAAGAAACCCUCAUUUUAUUAUUUUAUUGAUUAUUUUACGUGUUCCAGAAGAAGAUGAUGGGAAGUGACAGCAUCCGUGGUAGUGCCAAUGGUAGUGCCAAUGGCAGCGCCAAUGGCGUCCUUGCGGCUCCUCCGCCGCCCGAACCAAUGUUCAGUAUGAUUCAUUCCGCCGGAAGUGGACUCAGUGCCGACGAUCAGGCUCCAGGAUUUGACCAAGGACACUCGUUGCCCAGCGUGAGCGAAAUGAAAACAUCUCAUCAGGCGGGCACUGGCACUUCGGAAGUUGCCAAUGAAGAUGGAACCAUCCGACGUCGCGGAGGUUGGAUGGUCUGGUUGGCACUCUUUUUGGCCCUGCUGGUGAUUGGCAUUAUCGUGGGGGUAGCCGUGGUCGUCACCAACAAUAAAAAUGCCAGUCCCAGCCCCGCGUCUUCGGCUACUCAGUCGCGACCUCAGGUGGCGGUGACACCGGCUCCUGUGGCCACUCCUAUCGACCAAAAGGAACCAACCGAUGGAGGAAAGGAAACUGGCCAGGAUGUCACCCAACCACCCGUCCCCGUCACACCAGCGCCCGACUCAUCGGCUCCGGUUGUGACUCUUGCCCCGGCGCAACGCUCAGGAGCAAUUAAACAGUAUUUGCUUCAGCAAGGAAUUUCUACCCAGGCAGAUCUCGAAGCUGUAGGAUCCCCUCAAAACAGGGCUUUGACCUUUAUGGCUGUCAAUGACGGAUUAAAGCUGGAACCUCCGGAAGGAGAUUGGAAGACACCCCAAGGAUACGAAUUUGUUAGUCGAUAUGCAUUGGCUACCUUUUUCUUCUCGACCAUGGGACUGCGAACCUGGGCAUUUGACCUCAAUUUCCUCAAGCCAACAUCCAUCUGCUUUUGGUAUGCUAUUUUGCAGUAUGUGGAUUCCAGCACGGAACUGAGGGGAGUCUUUUGUGAUCAAACGUCGGGGCAGCCUGUGGCGCUCUUUCUCAACCAGAAUAACAUGGAGGGAACCCUUCCCGCUGAACUGGGUUUCCUUACCAGUGUUACCGAUAUCGACGUGGAUUUCAACAACAUUGGAGGAUCCAUCCCUGAUACCUACCAGCAACUGACCAACAUGGUCAACUUUUUUGCUGCUGGCAAUCGUCUUGCAGGAUCUAUUCCAGCAUGGGUGGGAGAUAUGACGGCCUUGAAAAAUAUCAACUUGUCCACCAACUACAUGACUGGUCGAGUGCCCGUCUCCCUGGGUAACUUGGUAAACCUGGAAGGGUUGGCAUUGGAUAACAAUCUCUUCACUUCCAACCUGGACAAUGUCUUUGAUUCUUCUGUCAUGCCGGGAAUGAGAAACUUGGAACAGUUCUACUUGGAGAAUAACCAGUUUACAGGGACUCUGGGAGAACACUUUCUCAAGGAAAUGGGCGAACUGAUAUAUCUGGAUAUCUCGGACAACAACAUUGGUGGAAGCAUCCCCUCGCACCUGUUCACUCUGCCAACGCUCAAGGUCUUGGAUUUGCACGACAAUGACUUCUCCAAUAUGCCCACUUUGUUCUACGAAAACACCAAUUUGCAGUUGUUGGCCAUGCAGAAAAACCAGCUCAAGGAUAUUCCUAUUCCUGGAUCGAUCAAUCAGCUCAAAGCAUUGUACCACUUGGAUCUCUCACAGAAUGAAUUCAAUGGGCGGAUUCCCAGCACCAUUGGCGAUUUGAAGAAUCUGACGUAUCUCUUCCUCGCCCAAAACAAGUUCGAAGCCAACAACAUCCCCUACUGGGUUGAAGGCUUGACCAAGCUGCAGGAGUUGUCGCUGAAGGGAACACAGCGUACUGGUCCAAUUCCCAACUUUUUGGGUGACUUGCAAGGAAUGGUGUUGCUGGAUUUGGACGACAACAGUCUCAUGGGAACCAUCCCUACAUCGUUGGGACAAUUGGAGAACUUGCAUAUUCUUCUUUUGAACCGUAACAAUUUGACCAGCGUCCUCCCCGACAGUUUUUCGAAUUUGAGAAGUCUGAAGUUGAUGUAUGUGGAAGCCAACGACAACAUUCAAGGAAACCUGGGCAAUUUGUUCUGUGCCAACCCUAACUUUGUGGCCAAGCCUGUCAUUGUGGCUGACUGCAGCAUCUGCAAUGAUUUCCCUGGUUGCUGUGCGCUGUGUUGUGCAAGUGGAGAGGAGUGCAAUACUGGCAUCCAUGUGCCGGAUCUUGACCCAAUUUGGCAGCUUGGCUACAACCGUGUCUUCUUCACAUUUGGCCGAGAAGAUUACCUGGACAAGAUUCGCGAUCCAAACGGAGGUCGAAGAGUGCUGGUGCAACAAAAGAGGUUGGUGGGCCCUAACCAGAAGCGACUAGGACAGCGGGGUAGCCUUUAGGAAAUCACCAUCUUCAGGAGGAGGCAGCUCUUGGCGGAGUCUGCUGGCAAUGGUGCGACAAAGGACGACAUAUAUAUACUGUAUGCUGCGUGUUUUUGCAUCGAUUGGAAGACGAAAGUUUGAUUCUAUCCAAGCAAGAUACGUUGGAUGAUGGCAGUUGCACCUUUGCGAAGACGAUGAUAAUCGUACCGGUAGGAGAUGCGUAAAAAUUGUAUAAUUCUCUAAAAUAGUAGGUUCAUUAUUGCCACGACGCGGCGCCCAGCAGCAAGCCGACAA